AAAAUAAUAAUAAAAAAAUGAUUGAAGAAACGCGAAAAAAAACUUUUUUAGGUUUUGAUUUUAGUACUCAAAGGUUGAAAGCUGUAGUGAUAGAUGAAGAUUAUGCGGUGCAACAAGAAGCAGAUGUCGAAUUCGAUGUGGACCUUCCAGAAUUUAGAACUGCAGGGGGUGUUGUACGAGGGGAAGGGAGGGGUGAGGUGACAGCACCUACUCUGCUGUGGGUCAAAGCUUUAGAUAUGGUGAUGGAUCGACUUGUUGUUGCUGGAGUUGAUUUUUCAACUAUAGAAGCUUUGUCUGGUGCCGCACAGCAACACGGUUCAGUGUGGUGGCUGAAAGGCUCUGAGGCUAAAUUAGCAUCAUUAUCAGGGGAUCAGUUCUUACACACCCAGUUAGCCACAUGUUUCGCGGCUGAUUCUCCAGUGUGGAUGGACUCGAGCACCACAGCUGACUGUAAAGCAUUAGAAGAAGCAGUUGGAGGUCCUGAGGAGUUAGCAAGGGUAACAGGCUCAAGAGCGUACGAACGUUUCACUGGAUCUCAAAUAAGAAAAAUGUUCCGCACACGUCCAAGAGUGUACCAAAACACUGAACGAAUCUCUCUCGUGUCAUCGUUCGCCUGUUCGCUGUUCGUAGGGAAAAUAGCACCCAUUGAUUUGUCUGAUGGAUCUGGAAUGAAUCUCCUCGAUAUUCACACGAAGAAAUGGCAUGAACAAGCUCUGCAGGCAUGUGGAGACGAAACUUUAGCAAGUAAGUUAGGGGAUCCUGUACCAACUGCCACAGUGGUCAGUGCUAUAUGUCCAUACUAUGUGCAACGAUAUGGUUUUCGAUCUGACUGCAAGGUUGUAGCUUUCACAGGAGAUAAUUGUUCAGCACUGGCAGCACUCCGCCUUCGCUCAGGUUGGGUAGGUCUCAGCUUAGGGACUAGUGAUACAUUACUUUUGGGUCUGCAUUCUGCCGCUGCUCCACCGGCAGGACAUAUCCUUGUUGGUCCUACAAGUGCUCCCUACAUGGCUUUGCUCUGCUUUUCUAAUGGAUCUUUAACUAGACAGAACCAUAGAGACAGACUAGUUGGACCUAGCUGGGAAGCAUUCAAUGAUCUCCUUCAAGCAACUGUUAGAGGAAAUAUGGGUUAUAUGGGUAUCUACUACGACACAGCGGAGAUCGUGCCGCGCGCAGCGGCAGGGCGCUGGCUGCAGGACGCGGGCGGGCGGCCGGCGGACAAGCUGGCGCCGCAGUUCGAGGCGCGCGCGCUGCUCGAGGGGCAGGCGGUGGCGCGCCGCGCGCACGCGGAGGACAUGGGCUUCGUGCUGGAUCCAUCGUCGCGCGUGGUGGCUACUGGCGGCGCGUCCGUCAACACCGCGCUGUUGCAGAUCUUCGCGGACGUCUUCAACACACCCGUAUAUGUGCAGGACCAGCACGCGAACGCCGCUCUGCUAGGGGCAGCGAUUCGCGCGGCAGAAGUGUGGAGCUCUGAAACUGGCACCAAAUUGACAGGUUCCGAGCCCACAAUGUCUCCAGUAGCGAGUCCUUACCCCGACGCGGAGAGGAUCUACAAGCCAAUGCUCGACAGGUACAGGAAAAUCAUAGAAAACAUUCCUAGACUGGGUUAA